AUGGCGAAACAAGCACUCUUGUCAAACAGAACAUCUGAAAGUGAAAGUUUUGGUUUCAUAAUGAUUAUGUCUGUAAGAACGGUUAAACUCUUCAGGAGGACGUCCUCAGUCCUGCCCAAGUCAGCCCACCCGGAGUUCCCCCGCAGGCCAGCCCUCGCGGGCCGGGUCCUCCUGCACUCACCGCCGGGCGGCUCUGGGCUCGCCCGCCUUGAGCCGGCCGGGCCCCGUGGGGGGCAGCGGCGGGGUGGAGGCGUGACCGCCGGGCGCGCGGGGCGCACUCCGAGGGCGCGCCGACGCACAGGCGCGCUCGCGCCCGCGCUCCCGCACCGACUCCCCCUCCGCACACCCACACGCACACGCGGGCGGCGCGCGCCGAGCCGGGAGCCGGCGGACGCGAGCGCGGAAGCGCGAGGAAUCCCUGGAAUGAGGCACCGCCCGCCCUCAGCCGGGCACUGCCGGGCUCCGCCUGGCCCGCCAGACCACGCCCCCGGACACGCCCCUCCCACCGAGCAGGUGGGCGGCCGAGGCCAGGCCCAGCCGGUGGAACACCUUCAGUGUGAGUGUACACGCACAAACGAAGCUGUUGUGCGCGCCCAGGUGCCUGCUGCUGUGGGCCAGGCACGUUCCCCACACGCACACAGUGGGCCCACGCACCAAUGGACAGAGUACACGUGACACCAACGUCCACGGCUGAGCCGUACUCCACACCCACUGGACCUGCCGCCCCUGCCCCGCCACGCGCGGCCGGCAAGUGCCAGAGCCUCUGAGCAUGACCUGCAGCACCACGGCUGCCCUCGGCUUCACACCCGCACCCGUCCUCUUUUCGAGAAGCAGCCGCUGCCAGGGCGUCCAACCCCUCCGGGGACCGGCGCUCCCACCCGGCUCACCGCGGGACCUCAGCGCACACGGGUGCCUCCCGCACACCCCGGACUCCCAGCUCCCCGGGACUCCGACCUGGACCGCUGCCUCACUCUAUCGUUAACCACACACCCAAGCCAGACUGCCCAGACAGGCCGGCGGCCACACGUACCUG